AAACACUGCCAGCUGGAAAAAUAUGGCUGGCAGACAUUCUGGUGACCGGCUGCCUCACCGCUGCCAGGAAUACAACUCAAACGAUACAACCGUAUCCACCAGGAUUUUUCCACAUUGAAAUCUUUGACAUUUUCAGCGAAGGUGAGAAGAUGAAAACGCUCGGCUAACUUGGAUACAGGCGACUUUGUUUUGUCAAAUUGGAUUUGACAACCGUAACUGAAUCAAUUUUGGUAGCCUUCUGGUGGCCAUGGCUGCCCAGGUAGCCAAAACGCUAUGCGGGUAGCCGAGAAAAGCUGUAAACAAAAAAAAAUAAAAUGAAUGCAUAUCGAUCGAAACUUCUCAAAAAUCUAGAUUUAAUUAAUAAAGAAGAAAUUCGACAUCAACAUCCUUUUCAAACGGAUGACGAAAUUGAAGACAUUCUUUUUCAACGUUACCGGCAGGACAUAUCGAAUGCAAAACUCAAAGAAAAUAUUGAAAAGUGUAAAGCAUCUGAUUCUUAUCGAUUCAUACCACAAUUUCACUUUGAGCUACCGAAACACAGCGAUGGUCUGGCACAAAAAUUACGAGAAGAAGCGCGAACUUUAUUUUUGCAGAAGCGUAGCAAAGAAUUACUGGACAAUAAUGAGCUAAAACUCCUUUGGAGCCUGUUAGAGAAACACUAUUCGCCCCCAUUGAUGGGUGAGGAACAAUACAUCAGCUAUGAAAAUUAUUGCAAGGUAGCAACUAUCGCGGGGGAUAAAUUUAAACGUUAUUUGACGGCAUCCACUUUCGCGCGAUUAGUGGUUUCCAGUUGCUACCCGAGCAAAAUAAGUGUUAUGUCUUUGUUCAAUUAUGCCAUGAGAAAGGUGUGGCUACAGCAAACUCGGAUUGGACUAUCUCUGUACGAUUACACCGGACAAGGGUAUUUGAACGAAUCCGAUUUGGAGUCCUACAUAUUGGAGCUAAUUCCAACCUUUCCGCAACUGGAAGGCCUAGAAAAAUCAUUUCAUAGCUUUUAUGUUUGUACUACGGUUAGGAAAUUUUUCUUUUUUCUGGAUCCACUGCGGACGGGAAGGAUCCGGAUACGAGACAUCCUAACCUGCAGCUUUCUAGAUGAUUUACUGGAGUUGAGAGAUGAGGAGAUCCCGAAGGAUGCUCAAGAAAUGAACUGGUUUUCAGCUCCUUCUGCUCUCAGUGUGUAUGGACAUUAUUUAAAUCUAGACAAAGACCACAAUGGCAUGCUUAGCAAGAAAGAAUUGAUUGGCUAUGGUUCCGGGACACUCACACCGAUUUUUCUAGAUCGAGUAUUUGCUGAAUGUCUUACCUACGAUGGGGAGAUGGAUUAUAAAACGUAUCUUGACUUUGUGCUAGCCCUUGAGAAUCGGUCAGAGCCGCAGAGUUUGCAUUACUUGUUUCGAAUAUUGGACGUGGAACAUAAAGGCUAUUUGACAGCAUUUACUUUGAAUUAUUUUUUCAAAGGUAUUCAAGAUGAAAUCUCAGCGCAUCGUGCUGAACCGGUUAAUUUCGCUGAUAUCAAGGAUGAAAUUUUCGAUAUGGUAAAGCCUGCUAAUCCCACCAAGAUAACACUGAAGGAUCUGUUGAAUAGCGGCCACGGAGAAACAGUAGUCUCCAUACUGAUCGAAUUCCAUAAGUUCUGGGCCUACGAAAACCGCGAAGUUAUGGUGACGGAUUCUGCGGGAGCUGAGGAAACACACAACUUAUGAUAUUCGGACUUUGUUAGAAAUAGAGAUGA